CCAUGAUCCAUGACCUAUAUCUUGCGCAAAUACUGCACGAUCUCGAAAUGCCCCUCCCUCUCCGCCAAAUCCAACGGCGUACAUCCCUCCUUAUCCACCAGAUCCGGAUCAGCCUUAUACGCCAAAAGCGCAACAGCAGAAGCCAAGUGCCCAUUCGCAGCAGCCUCAUGCAACGCCGUUCUGUCCAGCCUCCCGCGAUUCAGCGUCCCAGCACCAUUAUUUUCAAUUAAUAAAGAAUAUAAUUCCCUAGAUGGACAAUACAUCUUUGUUGACUAUCAACCGACGAUUGAGCAGUCGGGUGUUGAGCCUCUCCGCCCUUCGAGAGCAUGUCGAGCAGUUCAUCGAAAUAGAACCCUCCUCGAUUUACUUGCCGGAAGGCCUCGCUCCCGAAGAGUCCGAUUCAAGCACGGUGCCCGAUGUCACACUUCCGGAGACUGAGGAAGACUGGCAAGAGUAUGUCGGGCAGUUCAAAGAAAACAAUCUCUCGUCGAUUUACCAGCCGAGAGAUCCGUUUGUGGAGGAGGUGGUUCACAAUGCAGCUGGGCGCGCGAGGGAAAUCACGGACAAAUACGACUUCCGGCCGGAGGUUACGCCCAAGGUGGUGAUUAUGGGCUUGUAUGACUUUGUGAUACUAUGCGUGCACGACCCGUUCUUGCCUACUCCGAGCCAGUCCGACUCCGCAGUCCGCGUGUUGAUGGCCGGACAACAACCGUCCGCCCAGACCGGCUUUGCUCCCAGCACGGCUUCAAAUGGAACAACAAUGCUGCUCCGUUACGCCUCCCUAUUCGGCCUUGGCUACGCCGCCUCCACGCAAACCGUCCUGCGGGGCGAGGUCCCCGACCCAGACACCACCACCUCCUCCUCCUCCCCCGACAACUUCCGGGUGAUCACGAGCAGCGUCUCCCCCGAGUACUCGGUUCGGAUCCGAGAGCAGAACGACUCCAUCUGCAACGCCGGCUCGGCCCAGUACACUGGCUGGCUGGAUGUCGGCCCCAAGCAUUUGUUUUUCUGGUAUUUUGAGAGCCAGAAUGACCCCGAGAACGACCCCCUGACGCUGUGGAUGACCGGUGGGCCCGGCGGCUCCAGCAUGCUCGGGCUGUUCGAAGAGCUUGGCCCGUGCUUGAUCAACGAGUAUGGCAACGGCACUGUGUAUAACCCGUACGGAUGGUCGCGCAACUCGUCGAUGCUGUUUGUCGAUCAGCCCGUCGACGUGGGCUUCUCCUACGUCGACGAAGGGUAUGACCUGCCACGUGACUCUUACGAGGCCGCCGUCGACAUGCAUCGCUUCCUCCAGCUCUUCGUCUCGGAGGUCUUCCCCGAGAAGCUGGAAUCGCCCUUCCACAUCUCCGGCGAGUCGUAUGCGGGCCACUACGUUCCGUUCCUCGGCGCCCAGAUCGUCGAGCAGAACAAGCUCUAUCCCCACGAGCCCCAGGUCAACCUGAAGUCCUGCCUUGUCGGCAACGGGUACAUGUCCCCGAAAGACACGACGUUCGGCUACUGGGAGACCCUCUGCACCACCAACCCCGGCAUCGCGCAGCCGGUUUUCAACCAGACAAGAUGCGACAUCAUGGCCGAAAACCUGCCCCGCUGCAUGGAGCUGUAUGACGUCUGUAUGGAACACCCCGAUCCGGCUGUCUGCCACGCUGCCGACCAGGUCUGCUUCGACGGCAUUAUCGGAUGGUAUGACAACGAGUCAUCCACCCCGGGUGGUCGCAACCGGUUUGACAUCACCAGACCGUGUGAAGUCGAAGACCUAUGCUACAUCGAAGCCACUUACAUCGAGAAAUACCUGAAUUCUCCGGCCGUGUGGGAGGCUCUGUCGCCCCCGAAGGAGAUCCCGGAGUACAGGAUGGUGUCUAAGGCCGUCUCGGACUCGUUCGAAACGAGUUCGGAUAUGAUGAUCGCCACUUCCUCUCUUGUGCAGUACCUGCUCGCGAACCAGGUGCAUUAUCUCGCCUACCAGGGCAACCUGGACCUUGCGUGCAACACGGCGGGGAAUCUGCGGUGGGCGCAGUCACUUCCCUGGAAGGGUCAGGCCGAGUUUUCGUCCAAGCCCUUGAAACCGUGGACCUCGGUGGUUCGUGGCAAGAAGGAGUUUGUGGGAACCACGAAGGAGGUCCGAGUCCGUGUGGGCGAUUCGGAUGUCCCCUCUCGCUUUGCGGUCGUGACUGUUGAUGAUGCUGGCCAUAUGGUCCCCCAGGAUCGCCCGGAUGUGGCACUGGACAUGAUGGUUCGGUGGAUCAACGGGGCGUCUUUCGAUUAAGUGAUAGGUCCGGCGCUUGCCAGUGCUGUCUGCCUCACUGAUAGAUGCGUUAUGACUUCAUAAGAAAAGUGCUGUGACAACGAAUAAUAUUAGGUACUCUCUGUCUUUCAGCUGCCAAGGCAGGGAGGCUUUCUCGGAAAUGAACCAAGUUCGGGGUUUCCAAAUAAACCAGCAUUAACCUUUUUGCGCCAGUCGUAUUUCUAACAAGGCUGUGCAAAAAACAAAGAAUUAUCG